AGCCGGGGAGGGGGAGAGCGGCGGCGGCGGCGGCCCUCCUCCCGGGGGCCUGAGGGAGAAAGCCGAGGGGGGCCCGGAGGGGGGGCUAUGCAGCCGCCUCAGCCGCCCCCCUACGAGUUCCUCAGCGACGAGAACGGGCAGAAAUGGCGGGGGCUCCUCGUGCCGGCCCUGCGCAAGGUUCAACAGCAAGUCCACCCCAACCUUUCCGCCAAGGAAGAUUCCCUCUAUUACAUCGAGGAGUUAAUCCUACAGCUGCUAAACAAACUGUGCAUUGCGCAGCCACGAACUUUUCAAGAUGUGGAGGAACGAGUUCAAAAGACCUUUCCUCAUCCAAUUGACAAGUGGGCAAUUGCAGAUGCGCAGUCUGCUAUCGAGAAGCGGAAACGAAGAAACCCUCUCCUGUUGCCUGUGGACAAAAUACAUCCUUUAUUAAAGGAGGUUCUCGGUUAUAAAAUAGAUUAUCAUGUGUCCCUUUACAUUGUGGCUGUUUUGGAAUAUAUCUCAGCUGACAUCUUAAAAUUGGCUGGCAACUAUGUUUUCAAUAUACGGCACUUUGAGAUCUCCCAACAGGACAUUAAAGUAUCCAUGUGUGCCGACAAGGUGUUAAUGGAUAUGUUCGAUCAGGAUGACAUCGGUUUGGUUUCUCUCUGCGAAGACGAGCCCUCUUCUUCUGGCGAGCUCAACUACUAUGAGAUUGUCCGGACCGAAAUUGCAGAUGAAAGACAGUAUCUACGGGAGCUGAAUCUGAUCAUAAAAGUAUUUCGAGCAGCUUUCCUAUCUAACAGGAAGUUGUUCUCGUCUUGUGAUGUUGACAUGAUAUUUAGCAACAUCACAGAUAUUCAUGAAUUGACGGUGAAGCUCUUGGGGUUGAUAGAAGACACUGUGGAAAUGACAGACGAAAGCAGUCCUCACCCCCUAGCCGGCAGCUGUUUUGAGGAUCUGGCAGAGGAACAAGCCUUCGACCCUUAUGAGACCUUGUCCCAAGACAUCCUUUCACCGCAGUAUCAUGAACACUUUAAUAAUUUGAUGGCUAAACCCGCAGUUGCUUUACACUUUCAGUCAAUUGCUGAUGGUUUUAAAGAAGCAGUCCAGUACGUCCUUCCGCGGCUCAUGUUGGUUCCUGUUUAUCAUUGUUUCCACUACUUUGAGUUAUUACAGCAAUUGCAGGAAUGCAGUGAAGAGGAAGAAGACUGUGAAUGCUUGAAACAGGCCAUCACAGCUCUGCUCAAUCUCCGGUGUAGCAUGGAGCGUAUUUACAGCAAACACUUGCCCAGACGCCGGCCUGGGGAACCAGUAUCUUGGUUUUACAACCGCCAAGUAAGAAGUAAGCACCUUGCCAUUAAAAAAAUGAAUGAGAUCCAGAAAAACAUUGAUGGCUGGGAAGGCAAAGAUAUCGGUCAGUGCUGCAAUGAAUUCAUAAUGGAAGGGGCCCUGGUUAAAGUAGGAGCCAAACACGAGCGGCACAUAUUUCUCUUCGACGGCUUGCUGAUCAGCUGCAAAGCUAACCACGGGCAGUCCCGGCUCCCGGGCUACAGCAACGCGGAGUACCGGCUCAAGGAAAAGAUUGUCAUGCGGAAAGUCCAUCUAGUUGAUAAGGACGAUACGUGCGAAUAUAGGCACGCCUUUGAGCUGGUUUCCAAAGAUGAGAAUUGCAACAUGUUUGCAGCCAAGUCUGCUGAAGAGAAGAACAGCUGGAUGGCGGCGCUGAUCUCCCUCCAGUACCGCAGCACCCUGGACCGAAUGCUGGACGCCGUGCUGUUGCAGGAAGAGAACGAGCAGCCCCUGCGGCUACCCAGCCCGAGCGUCUAUCGCUUUGCAGUAGAAGACUCGGAGGAGAAUAUUGUCUUCGAGGACAACCUUCAGACCAGGAACGGGAUCCCCAUCAUCAAAGGCGGGACGGUGGUGAAGCUCAUCGAGAGGCUGACGUACCACAUGUAUGCAGAUCCUAAUUUUGUUCGCACUUUUCUUACAACGUACCGCUCCUUUUGUAAGCCGCAAGAACUCCUAGACCUGUUGAUAGAACGGUUUGAAAUCCCAGAGCCUGAGCCAACAGAAGCAGAUAAGCUGGCCAUUGAGAAAGGAGAACAGCCGAUCAGUGGAGAUCUUAAAAGAUUUCGCAAGGAAUACGUCCAGCCAGUGCAACUCAGGGUAUUAAAUGUGUUCCGGCACUGGGUAGAGCACCAUUUUUAUGAUUUUGAGAGAGAUCCAGAACUGCUUGAUAGAUUGGAGACAUUCAUUUCAGGUGUAAGAGGCAAAUCCAUGAAAAAGUGGGUGGAAUCCAUUGCAAAGAUUAUCAGGAGGAAAAAACAAGCUCAUGCAAACGGUGUUAGCCACAACAUAACGUUUGAGAGCCCCCCACCCCCAAUUGAGUGGCAUAUCAGUCGCCAGUUUGAGACAUUUGAUCUCAUGACACUGCACCCUAUAGAGAUUGCUCGGCAGCUGACUCUCCUGGAGUCUGAUCUCUACAGGGCUGUUCAGCCAUCAGAACUGGUUGGGAGUGUGUGGACAAAAGAAGAUAAAGAAAUUAACUCUCCUAAUCUACUGAAAAUGAUCCGGCACACAACAAACCUUACUCAUUGGUUUGAAAAGUGUAUCGUGGACACUGAGAAUUUUGAAGAGCGAGUGGCUGUGUUGAGCCGAAUUAUAGAGAUCUUGCAAGUUUUCCAAGACCUGAAUAAUUUUAACGGAGUGUUGGAGAUAGUCAGUGCAAUCAAUUCUUCCUCUGUGUAUAGGUUGGAGCACACCCUUGAGGCAUUACAGGAGAGAAAAAAGAAAAUUUUGGAUGAAGCUGUGGAGUUGAGUAAAGAUCACUUUAAAAAAUACCUUGCUAAGCUGAAGGCAAUCAACCCGCCCUGUGUGCCUUUCUUUGGAAUAUACUUAACUAAUAUUCUACAUACAGAAGAAGGGAAUCCCGACUUCCUUAAAAGACAAGGGAAAGGAUUAAUCAACUUCAGUAAGAGGAGAAAAGUGGCUGAGAUCACAGGAGAAAUCCAGCAGUAUCAAAACCAGCCUUACUGUUUACGGGUUGAACCAGAUAUACGGAGGUUCUUUGAAAAUCUCAACCCUAUGGGAAGUGUCCCAGAAAAAGAGUUUAUGGACUAUUUGUUCAACAAAUCACACGAGAUUGAGCCUCGCAACUGCAAGCAGCCCCCUAGAUAUCCUAGGAAGACAACAUAUUCUCUGAAGUCUCCUGGAAUAAGGCCCAAUACAGGAAGGCACAGCUCCACCUCUGGCACGCAGCGGGGCCACCCAAUGCCUCUGGAAAAGGAGCCAUAUAAGAUCAGUUUCAGUAGGAUUACGGAAACCGAACAGGAGUCUGCAGCAUCGGCACCAACCUCGCCGAGCAUCCCCUCCCCUCCGCCAGCUUCUGCGUCAUCAGAACUCAGUGUGUUCCUAGACAUCGAUCUGAACAGUUCUUACGGUAGUAACAACAGCAUCUUUGCACCGGUUCUCUUGCCACAGUCAAAGUCAUUUUUCAGUUCAUGUGGGAGUUUGCACAAAUUAAGUGAGGAGCCCCUGGUUCCUCCUCCACUUCCUCCCCGUAAGAAGUUUGAUCAGGAUUCUUCUGCUUCAAAGGGUGGUUCCAAAUCUGAUGACGAUCCUCCUGCCAUCCCACCCAGGCAGCCCCCUCCUCCCAAGAUACAGCCACGAGUCCCAGCUUACACCGGUCUGUUAGAACAGCCACUGCAGAGUCCUCCACCACCACCUCCCAGAGACCCUCUUCCCGAGACCCCCCCUCCCGUACCUCUUCGUCCUCCAGAGCACUUUGUGAACCUUGCAUUCAACCUCCAGCCACCGCCCGUGGGGCGCUUCCACAGAGAUCCGGACCGGCUCCGUGAAGCCAGCACGUGCCCGAACUCCCCAAGCACUCCUCCAAGCACCCCGUCGCCUCGAAUACCCCGUCGCUGGUGCAUGCCCAGCCCGAGUCCCAACCACCUGGCCGCUCCCCCAGUCCCACCACGCCAGAAUUCCAGUCCUCAGCUACCAAAACUGCCACCAAAGACUUACAAGAGGGAACUCUCCCACCCUCCUUUGCACAGACACUCUUCGCUGGAGAAUGCGGAAACGCCUCAAUGACCUUGGCCACAGUAGUCAUUGACACUGGAAUGUUAGCUGUAAAGUUCCAAUUUUCUUCUUAAUUUAUUCCAAGAAGGCAGUGGAUUUCAGUACUUUGGCGAGUGCCGCAGAGACCCGGAGUGGUGCUGAUCGAGACUGAUGCUUGGAAAUUGGAACAGCCAGAACCAGUCCACCUCCUCACCUUCGUAAUCAGUCCAGCCGCUUCAUCCUCAGGGGAUCAGCAGCACUGCCUUCUCUUCAUCCCUUCAGUGCCCACAGUUUUGCCAGUACAAAGAGCAUCGAUUUUGCACUGUAAACGACACACUACGUGAAUUUUAAACUGACAUCCGUUUAUUGCACUGAGCCAGAAUGGUUCGCUGGUGGGAUUCCCCCACACACACAAUUGGAGCACGAGCGGCCUUUUCUACAUGUGUGUUUUUUUUUCCCCAAGGGCAAAAUUCACUGGAAACCUAGGCAGGCUUCACUGAAAGGAGUGGGCGCUCUGCUGUACUUACAUGCAGCUCCAGUCUUUCAAGAGAGCUUCUUCAAAAGGGGUUCCAGUGGAUUGUGCCUAGAAUGGGUGGAAUUUCCACCCAAGCAUGAAGACAUAGUAUAUCAUGUUACUGGUUUUCCAAGACCUCUUUGCCCUACUUGCCUUUAAAAAACCGUUGCAUAAAUGUACGAGGCUUGUGAAAGACGUGACUGCUCUUCUCAGAUGUUCGUCAAUACCGUGUCUUAAUUUGCAUUGAUUUUGCUGCUGAAGAGAAUGAGAAAGGAAAGACAAUAGUUAUCCUUCAGAGUAUAUCAUGAGGCUUCUGGUUAUGUAGGCAAAAUGGAAGUGAGGACCGUGCCUAACCCAGUUAUCAAAGAGUAUUUAGCAUGCAUUACCUUCAGUUGUGCCUUUCUUUCAUUUGGGCAGGCAGAGGUGUCUUAAGCUAAAAAGUUGCCUGCUGUUUUUGCGAACAAAGCUAGCGCUUCAUAUUAUGUACAGUUGUUUAUAGUGUAUAUUUACAGAUUAAUAACCUGUAUACAUUUCUGUGACUGGAGGCCUAUUCUGCAGUCUUAGUUCUGAGCGCCCUUCACAGUUGUGAGCAUUUUCCUAUCCAUAGGAGAAAAUUUUUGCCUUCUAGACAGACUUUAAUGGACUUUUUUAACGAUUUCACUUCAAUUUCAUUAUGGGGUCCCUUUUGGAAAACUGGUGAUGUUUUAAGCCAGCAAGCACCAAACAGCUUUAUUUCGUGUUUUUGAAAUGGAAAAGGCAAGGGAGACGUUCUCUUGCCAGCAGUACAACAACUCAGCGCUCUUCAGUUGAAGCCGGCACAGAAAACGUGUCUGGUCCAAGUACUGUAGUAUCCAGGAGCCUUUUUCUUGACUGGUCUGUGGCCAUUUACUGUGCUUUGUAUCAGAGUUCUUAACCAGAUUAAUAAAUCAACCCGGUCUUAAUUUUUAAGAA